GACCCAGCAGGAGAAUGGAGGGAAGUCGGUCUCUGUAACUUCAUUGAGAAUCUUUCAAUGCAGAGUGUCUGUCACUUAAGUACGUAACAUCGAUGGGUGCACGGGCUGCAAUGUGUGUUUCCAACACGCCAAGGAGUUCUGUUUGAUUCUUCUAAUAUGGAAAUAAACAGCAAACCGAUGGAGCUCUUGGUGACCGAGUUGAAUGUGCUGUUGAAGCUGUUGGACCAUGAGACCCUGAGCUGUGCUACAGAAGAGAAGAAAACAGCUGUGAAGAACCUUCUCAGACAACUUCAGCCCUCAGUCACUGGAAAAGACUAUAUGUACAUGAACACCUCAGUAUACAGAAACGGAACCAGCUUUGUCGAAUCCCUUUUUGAUACAUUCGAUUGUGACCUAGGGGACCUGAAAGUUGAAAUGGAGGAUCAGAAGAAAGAGCCAGAGACAAAACACACCGACCACACUGUCCCCAAACCAAGCACAGCGGAUUCGCCUCCCCCCCUGCCCAACACACCACCUCCAGAGGAUUACUAUGAAGAAGCCGUUCCACUCAGCCCUGGAAAGAUGCCAGAAUAUAUCACCAGCCGCAGCAGCUCCAGUCCUCCUAAUUCCAUUGAAGAUGGAUAUUAUGAAGAUGCUGAGAACAAUUACCCAACAACUCAAGUGAAUGGACAACGCAAAAACUCCUAUAAUGACUCGGAUGCCUUAAGCAGUUCUUAUGAGUCAUAUGAUGAGGAAGAGGAAGAGAAAGGCCAUCGUUUGACACACCAGUGGCCCUCAGAGGAGAACUCUAUGGCCCCGGUGAGAGACUGCCAUAUCUGUGCCUUCCUGCUGAGGAAAAAACGCUUCGGCCAGUGGGCCAAACAACUCACUGUCAUCCGCGAGAACAGACUCCAGUGCUAUAAAAGCUCUAAAGACCAGUCACCCUACACUGACAUACCACUCAGCCUGUGCACCGUCAUCUACGUGCCCAAAGAUGGCCGGAGGAAGAAGCACGAGCUCCGAUUCUCUCUUCCUGGUGGAGAGGCGCUGGUGUUAGCUAUGCAGAGCAAGGAGCAGGCCGAGAAAUGGCUCCAAGUGCUGCGUGAUGUUACAGGUCAGGGGAAUGGGUUGGACAGCCCAUCUUCUCCCAUGAUUCCUAGGAAGAUUGAACUGGAUAAGUGGUGCUCUUCAGAGAAGCAAACCUCAGAUUCUGACAGUAUGCCAAGUGGAGAAAGUGCUCGCGAUGGACGGGAAAAUGGUAAACCCAAGCGAGGUGCACUGUCAGAGCUAACGGGCACCGUAAGCCGAGCUGCAGGAAGAAAGAUCACAAGAAUUAUCAGUUUCUCCAAAAGAAAGCCUCCACUGCCAGGAGACGCCCGCAUGUCACUCGACCAGGAUCCUCGGUGUGGUUAUGUAGGAGUGCUGUUGAAUCAGUGCUGCAAGGAACACUGGUGUCGUGUGCAGGCCGGAUCUCUUUACCUUUACCAUGAGAAAGGAGAACAGCGGGUCCCCCACACCACUGUGGCUCUGAAGGGAUGCGAGAUUGUCCCAGGCCUCGGGCCCAAGCACCCCUUCGCUCUAAGGAUACUGAAAGGAGGUGCAGAGCUGGCAGCUUUAGAGGCGAGUUGUUCGGAGGACAUGGGCCGCUGGCUGGGAGUCUUGUUGGCAGAAACCGGUUCCUCUGCUGACCCCGAGUCCCUACAUUAUGACUAUGUAGAUGUGGAAACUAUUGCCAACAUCCGUACAGCUGCCCGUCACUCUUUCCUAUGGGCAACCUCCACAGAUUCAAGAACGUAUGAUGAGGUCCCUUUCGAAGCCAUAGAGCAGGAAAAUGAGAGGCUGAUGGGAGGAGCACAAACAAAACGUCGUUCUUCUUUCUCCAGCAGUGACACAGGAAAGCCCAGUCCACAAAUCACUCUAAAACGCCACGGCUCCACUUUCUGUAUUUUCACACUCAUUCUCUCACCAGACGCAAAUCAGUACGGGAGGUAUGGGAAAACGCGGGCACAGGAGGACGCACGCCAAUACUUGAAAGAAAAAGAAGACCUGGAAAAAGAAAUAGAUAGUAUCAGAAGUGCCCUAGUCUCACUGAGGAAAAAGAAACGAGAGGCCAAAGAGAAGAUGAAGGGUGCACCGGAUAAGCAGAAGUUGGCUUUAGAGGAGCGUGUAGCCCAGUUAGAGGACAGCUGUCGGGUGAAAGAGGGAGAGCGUGUGGACCUAGAGCUCAAGCUCACGCAGGUGAAGGAGAACGUGAAGAAAUCUUUGGCUGGUGGAGAACUGGGGGCACCUACAGAGUCUAAAACUACAAACAAGACUCAAAGGAUGGAGACUCAGUAUAUUGAGUCAUUUCUUCCGGUCAACUGCACCUCUGAAAUGCGUAAGCGGACCCCCUCCAUCUAUGCAUCCACGAAGGGAAACGUUAUGCAGAAAGCCAAGGAAUGGGAAUCUAAGAAGGGGACUUAAACUGCUGAUCAGGAAUGUCAAGGUUAACAUGAGGACUUUUCAACCACCUUUCUCUAACACAGACUGCUGUAUAUGCAUAUAUAUUGACUAUGACGACUGCCACUUUUGUAACUUUAUAAUGGGGUUAGAAUGACAAAGCAGCCGCUCUAUUAUAAUACUUUGCAGUCAAAUGAUGUCCUCUUCAAGUCUUGUGAAGUUCCAUGUUACAAGUACAAAAUAUUGAAGGAUUGAGAUGGUAUGAGGAAAUAAUAGUUUGUCCUUUGAAAGUGCACAAAAGAGUUGUGGGUAGGUUGUAAAGAAAGAUGGGAAUGCAUGUGAGACAAUCCACUUUAAAAUAGUAUGUUAAGAGGCAUGAUUGGUGACUGAUUUGUACAAAGUGUGUUUUUACACUCCAUUGCUUGCACAGUACUUCUGGGGUAACUCCUGCUCUUAACCAAGUGGUGCUAAUAACGGUGUACAUACAAUGAUUGUAAAUGAUUUUAACAUUACUUUUUUAAUCUAGCCUCAAUGUAUUUUACAGAUACUUCCGUUUAUAACCUUUUGUUUUUUCACCUUUUAAUGUGAGUAACAUUUGCACUUUAAAUGUCUUUAGACAUGGAGAUGGGAAUAUUCUUUUAAUAAAGGGAAAAAAAAAUAAAUAAAAAGUGUAUUUUUGUUUCUUUGUUAUAGACUUACAUGGGAAUUAUGGUUGUGGCUAGAAGGGAUACAGCUACGGCCAGAAGUGACGCAAAAUCUCUCCAGAUGGACAGGAAGAAAGUGAAAAAAAAAUAAAUAAAUACAUUUAAAUGGACAGUAAAGGUGACAACAAGCGAACUAAUUAGCCCAUGUUGUGGCAAAGUCCUCUGAACCAUAGUAUCGCUGGAUGGACAGGAAAAAAUUAAACUGACCAUGAAGACAACUAGCGAACUAGAUUUUGCAAGACUUCAGGCCACAGAACCUGAUAUUUCCUUAUAUACU